AAAAAGGCGAAAACGAGCCUUCGCUUGCUUGUUCGCUUGUUCAUUUCCUGCAUAUUCCACCUCAGUCUCUCUCUCUUUCUCUCUCUGUCUGCUCUUGGGCGCGUCACGUCACCCGGGAGCUGACAGAUGGGAAGAAAGCUCGAUCGGUUCCUAGGGCGAGCCCACCGGGUGUCCAAGUUCAAGCCCCUCGUCAACCUCGCCGUCUCCCGCCUCGCCGUCCUCAAGACCCAGCGUCACCCUCGCCUCUCUCAGUCCCGCCGCGACGUCGUCCAGCUCCUCCAGCUCGGCCACCACGAGCGAGCUCUCCUCCGGGUGGAGCAAGUGAUCAAGGAGCAGAACAUGUUGGACGCCUACGACAUGAUGGAGAGCUACUGCAAUCUCUUGAUGGAGAGGGCCGACCUCAUUGAACAAGAAAAAGAAUGUCCUGAGGAGUUGAAGGAGGCGAUAUCGAGCUUGAUCUACGCAUCUUCGAGGUGCGGAGACUUCCCGGAGCUCCAAGAUAUUCGCACGGUUUUCGCUUCGCACUUCGGCAAGGAGUUCGUGGCUCGGGCCGUCGAAUUGCGGAACCAUUGUGCCGUGAAUCUGAAGAUGAUAACGAAGCUGUCAACGAGGCAGCCGAACUGGGAGAGCAGAGUGAAGGCGCUGAAAGAAAUCGCAGCCGAGAACGGCAUUGCGCUGCACCUGGAGGAUGAUCCUCCCAGUACUUCAGAGGAUAAAACAUGUCUUGACAAGAAGCCAGAGCUUGCGGAGGGAUCGCAGAGUUCAUCUCCAGAAGGGAAAGAGGAGCCGUCUUCUGAUUCGUUCCAAAUGAAGAAGAAGUACAAGGACGUGGCUGAUGCAGCUCAGGCUGCUUUUGAAUCGGCUGCUUAUGCAGCGGCCGCUGCAAGAGCAGCAGUCGAACUCUCUCGGUCCGGAUCCAAUGGUCCAGACGAUCGCGAUGGUCCUGAUACCCGAAAGGCAAAAUCAUUCCACAAGGCUGAGUCCGCAAAUAAAUUGGAAGUGCAAGGAGGGGAAGAGGACGGCGAGCAUCAAGCCCCUGACAAGCCUCUCGGCGUAAAUGCAGGAGAAUCGAAGCAAUCGAUUUCUUCUUCAAGUUCAAAGCCGGAGGAAAUUGAUGCAACUUCCUUGGAGAAGGCAAAGGAGGCGAUCUUUGAUGAGAGCGAAGAUGAGAGAGAAGACGAAGGGCGAGCUUACACAGGAUUGCCAAACCAGGAUGAUGGCAAGUCCAAAGACGGGGGCAAAGUUGAAGCUACGCCUCGUCUCUCGCCUCAGAAGCAAAUCCCUUCAAGGUUUCAGGCUGGUAUUAAGAUGGAUGCGGACCCUGGUCUCGCCAAGAUACAUGCUGGGGAAGCAUCUAAGGUGCGAAAUGUACCAUUCUCAGUCAGGACCAGACAAGUUCGUGGCUACUGAGAAGAUCCGACGCGGUGUGUCGUGUUGCGAGUAUGCGAAGCCAAUGUGAGAACUGUUCCUAUUGGAUGGCGCUUUUUUCUUUUGUUUUCUGUUCUUACUGUCCGUUUUUCGUCCGUGAAUUGUCG